AUGGAGGCCCUCUCUCACGCCGUUCGGAGCGGGACAGAGGCCGGCAUGGAGGUGGAGCAGAUCCUCUCCCUCGCCGCUAACCACGUCAACGACAACGCCGAUCUGGCCUGCCACGCCCUCGCGCAGAGCGGGAUACCAGCCGACGCGGUCCUCUCGGCGGCCAUGAAAACAGGGCUGAAGGCCAGAGAGGAGGUCUACGCCACCCUGCUGGAGCAGCUACUCGCCUCCUUCGCCGAACCAUCGGAGGACACCCAGCUGAGGGAAUGGGGGUGGCCCCCCAAACCCCAGUACUCUUUCACCGAGAAGAGGAGCGGCCCAAGAGUAGACCCCAAGCAGCCCUUCUUCCUCAUCAGCAUGAAGGCGUCCGCCGAGACGGCGCGGAUAUCGUGGUCGAUGAAGAAGUAUCCCCGCUACCCACGGGACCGAGCGUGGCACAAUCCUCUGCGCGUCGCGCGCCUGGGCACGGGAGCCGAGGGGUUUCGUGUAGAGCAGGCAGGGCAAGGCGGGCAGCCGGGCGCCCUCUCCUCCUUCAUCGACGUCACGUACAGCGGGUGGCCGCGCCCCAAGGAGGGCAUCUUCGAGGAAGGCUCCUCCGUGCCUCUCAGGGAGGUCGCCGUCAUCAAAAGGUUGCCUGGUGGUGAUGGGAUUUCUGUCAUGUCCUAUGUUCAUGGACUUGGUGUUAAGCUUGAUGAUAUCCUCCUUGUGUUGCACGUCCCGUCUGCCGCUGUGCCCCUGAGAUUCACGGAGCAGUCCUUCUACGUCUCUGAAAACUUCGAGGAGAUUCCAAUGUAUGCCCCAACUGGUCUUGAUUUCAUAGACAUCAAUGCCCCCGUCAAGAAUCUGAUCAAGAAACUUUACCAGCUGUAUUUACAAGAGGAGCAAGAGAAAAAUAGUAAGCCUGAGAAACAAGGUCAUCGGGGAAGUGAGGAGCUGGUGUACCGGCAAGAGGAGGAGUUCAUGCUCCAAAGACAUGAGACUGAGGAGGAGAAGCUGGAGCGCCUGCGGGGGAGAAGGGAGGAGAGCAAGAAACAUAGAGAUCUACGCAAGGAAAUGAAGGAGGCGGUUCAUCGGAUCAAGGAUGCAGCAAGGACUUCAGAAGAAGAGGAGCAUCAGAAGGAGUAUGACCCAAUGCUUCUGCCCUUCCUAUUUCAGGAAGAAUGUGGUGGUCUGGUGAAACCAUUGGAAGAGCUGAGCCAAAGUGGGAAGAGACACGAUGGAUCGCUUGUGGAAGUUGUGGAGCAGCAAGUUAGCUCUUAA